AUCGAUUAUAAUCGAAUUUUGCGUCGUAACAGUUGAGUUGAUGGUCUUGUUUUUUCUUUUUCAAGGCCUUCAGUGAUCGUGAUUGAUCUUGUUAAACAAUCACUAUGACGAAUUCGAAGGGAUAUCGUAGAGGAACAAGAGACUUGUUCUCUCGAAAAUUCCGCAAACAUGGAACAAUUCCAUUGUCCACGUAUAUGAAAGUAUACAAAGUUGGCGAUAUUGUUGACAUUAAAGGUAAUGGAGCUGUCCAAAAAGGAAUGCCUUAUAAAGUUUAUCAUGGAAAAACUGGACGUGUAUUUAAUGUGACUUCACAUGCUCUUGGUGUCAUUGUCAAUAAAAGAGUCCGUGGACGCAUCAUUGCUAAAAGAAUCAAUGUUCGUAUUGAACAUCUUACUCAUUCUAAAUGCAGAGAAGAUUUUUUGAAACGAGUAAAGGAAAAUGAAAGGCUCAGAAAGGAAGCAAAGGAAAAGAAUAUCAGAGUCCAACUAAAAAGGCAACCAGCUGAACCCAGGGGUGCACACAUUGUAUCUGGACGUGAAAAUCCUAUUUCACUUGCUCCUAUUCCUUAUGAAUUUAUUGCUUAAAUUUGAAUAAAAAUGUCUUUAAAAACA